AGCGUCAAACAACAAACAAAACCAAUUGAUACAGUUUCAGUGAUACAUGAAUACAGAAGUAACAAGACCAACAUCUUGAAUUUGUAUCUGGGUGAUACUGUUUAUGUACUGAGCAAAUCAGAAUCAGGAUGGUGGGAAGGUGUUAUCUUUACAAAUAAUGGAACUCUUAGGGGCUGGUUCCCAAGUUCUUAUACAAAAAGUUUGAUGACAAGUUUUGAACAACAGCAACAACAACAGCAGCAACAGCAACAACCAACAUUACUGUCAGUUUUGAAACAAAAUCUCACUGAUGAAAUCAAUAAACCAAGAAAAAAUAGUAGUGUUAGUUUUGCCAGUUCAGAACAUAGUAACCAUUCAGAAUCAAACGUAACACGGACUCAAAAUUCAUCCAUUGUGGAUAAUCCUUCAAGAUUACCUAGUGCUGAUAAUAUCAAUAUCGUUAGUGCCCAAGAGGCUGAAUCAAUCUUUAACAGUACUGGUAGUUCAAAUGUUCCAAUAUGGAUUCCACAAGCAACAUCAGAAGGACAAAUCAUUUAUUACAAUUCAGAAUUAAAUAUUUAUUGCAAAGAGCUGCCUUAUAUUGAGACCCCAGAUAUUGAUGAAAGUACAAAGUUUUCAAUCCCAACUAAAGAUCAAGAUCCUGCUCCUUUAUCAACAGUGAAUUUAAGUCAAGUUAAUCAAGAAAGAACAAACAUCAAGAGUAGACCUUCAGCUUUAAGUUAUGAAAGAAAAGAAAGUACAAAAUCAAAAUCCUCUGUCCCAUCCAACACAACAGUUCAUCCAUGGAAUACUUCAUUAUAUUGUCAGCCUGAUCUAUUUUAUUAUGACCCAACAGAUAUAAAAACUUGGUCCGGAUUGAGAGAUGCAUUCAUCUAUUUUCUUCAAUUAACAGUUGAUGCUCUUCAAAAGAAAAUUGGUGUUUUAUACUAUACUUAUUUCAACAUUGCUUCAAGAUUAGGUGUCUUGAUUAAUUUAGCUACAAGAUUAGCUCAACAUGACUUGCAAAAAUCCGGUUAUCAUAAUAGAGUCCAAAGAAGAUUGAAAAAAAUUUCAUCAUCAAUAGCUCAAGUUGGUAUCAAUGGUAAUCUUUAUUUAACUGCCUCUUCAACUGAAGGGUCAAAUUCUUCAUCUGGUUCAGCAUCUGAUCGGAAUUUUUCAACAAGUACACAAGAUACAAUCAAACCAUCAAGCUUUGUUGAUAGUGAUGGUUCAAAUGGAACUUCAGAUUUUAAAACUGUCAACUAUUUGAAUCAAGUUGAAACUGAAGUUGAUGUUUUGAAAAAAAAUGCCAUAUCUGUUGUUAAGGUUUUCAUGCAAAUAUCUUCAAAUCAAUUUAAUGAUCAAAAUUAUUUACCUCAAGUUUAUCCAAGAUUUUUAUCAGGUUUUUUUUCAGGUGGUAAUUGGUCAAACCCCUUCGUACCAGAACCAAAUGAUCCAUUUGCAGGUAAAGAAAUUGCAAAAUCUUUACAUCAUAAAAGGGUUCCAAAAACAAUCUUGAAUAAGGAAACUCUUGAUAAUUUGAAUAAUAGAAAAAACCAAUUACAAGAAUUAUUGGAAGAAGUAUUGGUGAUUAUGGAGAGUAAACCUAAUACCCAAUCAAGAAAUGUUGAAAUUUUAUCCAAGAUUUAUAAAACUUUGGCGUAUUCAACCAAAUAUAUUGAUUUAAUUGAAGGGUUUGAUUUUUCAGUUUUCUUAAGACCAAGAAGAAAUUCAACUCCAAUUGGUGAUUUUGAUCCUUCAAAUAUUGUUUAUCCCAUAUUGACUGAAUUUUUUGAAUCAAAACAAGACUUGCGUGAUAUUUUUGUGACCAUUAUAAUGGACUCUCAAAGUUUGACAUUGCCAGAUCCAACAGUUUUCAGAUCAAUCAAGGAAGAUUCACUAGAUUCUUCAAAUAAAUUUGCAAAUGUGGAACCAGAAAAAACUGCAAAAGCCUUGGAAACAGAACUACAAAAACUAGAUGUUGAUAAUUAUGAUGAUAUUUCUAUCAAUCCAGAUAAGACAUUGGGUAAUUCUAUUAUCAAGAGUUUCAAAUUGUUGGAAAUAUCUUUGAUUCUUGUGCAACAGUUGGUUACUGAAAGAGAAGCUAUUUUGAGUUAUGCAACCAGAGUUAUGAAUGAUGAUUUUAAUUAUGAGAUUUUGGUUUCGGAAAGAGAAGAUAGUACAUUGACAACUGAUGAGUAUGCCUUACCUGCAAGUAAUACUGAUAGACAUGCUACAAAAGACGUACCAUGGUAUUUGGAAGCUGAAGAAUAUAAUCUGAUCUUUACAAACAAUGAUACCGUUAAAGGUGGUACCAGAGAAGCGUUGAUUCAAAGAUUAACUCAUCAUGAUUUACUUGAUGCUUCGUUCAACAUGACAUUUUUAUUAACUUUCAGAAGUAUGUUCAAAACAACAGAUUUGAUUAAACAGUUGAUCAAAAGAUUCAAUAUUCAACCACCAGAGAAUUUAGCUUAUGAAGAAUAUACCACUUGGGUUGAAAAAAAGUCAUAUCCAAUAAAAUUGAGGGUUGUUAACAUUAUGAAAACCUUGUUACAAAAAUAUUGGAAUUCAAACUAUAAUGAGCCAGGUUUAUAUGACAUUUGGAGUUCAUUUGUUGAUACCCUUGUGGAACAGAAAUUCCCAAGUUCUGAACAAUUAUCAAAAGAAUUGAAGGUUAAGUUGUUGGAUGGAGAACCUAAAUCAGUAGCUCCUGCUGAAGACAAAGAAGAAAAAGUGUUCAGCUCCAAAGUUAAAAAAAUGAAAAUUACUGACUUGGAUUUCAAUGAGUUUGCUAGACAAUUGACCGUCAAAGAAUUUGGAUUAUACACACAAAUUACACAAAUUGAAUGCUUGGAUAAAAGUUGGAAUAGCAAGUAUGGUUCAUUAGGUGGGUUUACUCAUAUACAAAAAUUUAUUGCCAAUUCAAAUGAUUUAACCAACUUUGUCUCAACAGAGGUUGUCAAUCAUAAUGAUAUCAAAAAGAGAGUAACCAUUAUCAAGUAUUUUGUUAAUGUUGCUGAAAAAUGUCGUUCUUUGAAUAAUUUCUCAUCAAUGACAGCUAUUAUCUCAGCUCUUUAUUCAUCACCAAUUCACAGAUUGAAGAAAACUUGGAAGUCUGUCCCAGAGAAAACUUUGACGCUAAUGAAUAAGAUGAAUGAUUUAAUGAAUUCAACAAGAAACUUCAGUGAAUACAGAGAACAUUUAAGAUUCAUCCAAGAUCAACCUUGUGUGCCAUUCCUUGGUGUUUAUUUAUCAGAUCUAACAUUCACAACAAAUGGUAAUCCGGAUCAUUUACAUGGUGAUAAUAAGUUGGUUAACUUUGCUAAGAGGUCAAAAACUGUUGAAAUUUUAAGAGAAAUAUCAAGAUAUCAAUCGUUGCCAUAUAAUUUGAGAAAAAAUGAUGAAUAUCAAGACUAUAUUUCUUACCAUUUAUCCAACCUGAUGACUAUUGAUGAACAAUAUAAUAGGUCACUUGUUCUUGAACCAAGG